UGUAUUAAAGUUCAGCUACAAAAUCUUCUCAUUCGAUUUUCUCUCUUUCUUUCUCUCACUCUCAAAUGAAGGGAACUCUAAGAUACUUAGCAGGAAUCGCAGGGCCAAAUGGGUUUGGCUCAAGAUCUACAGCUGAACAAGUUACACAACAUAGCUUCUUGCCUUGUUCACAUCUCACUGCCAUAAUCACUGGAGGAACGUCUGGUAUUGGUGCGGAGACCGCGAGAGUCUUAGCGAAGAGAGGUGUGAGAGUAGUGAUGGCAGUAAGAGAUAUGAAGAAAGCAGAAAUGGUGAAGGAGAGAAUAGUUAGAGAGAAUCCAGAAGCUGAUAUUAUAUUAUUUGAGAUUGAUCUCAGCUCUCUCUCUUCAGUUGCCAGAUUCUGCUCACAGUUUCUUUCCCAAGAUCUUCCCCUCAACAUUCUCAUAAAUAACGCAGGAGUCUUCUCUCCAAAUCUUGAAUUCUCCGAGGAAAAGAUUGAGCUAACAUUUGCUACAAACUUUUUAGGACAUUACUUAUUAACAGAGAUGCUGAUAGAGAAAAUGAUAGAUACGGCAGAGAAGAGUGGAAUCGAAGGACGAAUCAUUAACCUUUCCUCUGUGAUUCACAAUUGGGUCAAUCCUGAUUGUUUCUCCUUCCCUAAAUUACUCCAUCCCAUUAUGUAUAAUGGGACAAGGGCUUAUGCUCAGUCAAAGAUGGCCACAAUAUUACAUGCCAAAGCGUUGAGCAAGCAAUUAAAGGACAGGAAUGCAAACGUAACGAUAAAUGCAGUCCAUCCAGGGAUAGUUAAAACUGGAAUUAUCAGAGCACACAAAGGUCUUUUCACAGAUUCUCUGUUUUUGAUAGCUUCGAAGUUGCUAAAAUCUAUAAGCCAGGGCGCAGCGACGACAUGUUAUGUGGCAUUGAGCAACGAAACCAAAGGGUUAAGUGGGAAAUAUUUUGCAGACUGCAAUGAGACUAAUUGCUCAGAUUUGGCUAAUGAUGAGUCUGUGGCUCUCAAGCUAUGCACCCAAAGCCGUGCCUUAAUCCAUGAUUAUUUGCAUGAAUCUAAAAUACACCCCCUUCCUGAUUUAUGUCUCCUGUAAAAUCUUCUUAAUAAUUCCUUCUUUUUUUUUUUGUUGCUAAGGACCAUUUAUAACUUUAUUUCUGUAAAGCACUCUUUUUAUUAGCAAGACCUAUCUCAUUAUGUAUAGUUGUCGAGAAACAUGCAUGUACGUACAUAAACAAUGAUUUCUGUUAAGUCUUAA